AUGGCUCCACAUGAGAUGUUAUUGGGAAGAUCUGAAGGGCAUGUCUCCCAGAUACCUGAGCAGGGAGAGACCUGUGAGAGUCAGUGUAGCCCAUAUAGGCAGCAGGGAAACCAUCGAGAGAAGGGACAGGAUAAGUUCAGUCACAGGAGCAUAGGGGUGAAAAGAAACAUAGAAACUGUUCAACAAAAAAUCCUCCAUGAACAAGCAUCCUCCACAUCCAAUGACUGUGCCACUCUUAUUGAACAUCAAAGAAUCCACAGCAGAGAGAAACCUUUCAACUGCUCUGACUGUGGGAGAAGCUUCAGUAGGCGCUCAAAUCUUGUUAUACAUAAGAGAGUCCAUACAGGGGAGAAACCUUUCAUCUGUUCUGACUGCAGGAAAAGCUUCAGUUGGAAAUCACGUCUUAUUAAUCAUGCAAGAAUCCACACAGGAGAGAAACCUUUCAAUUGUUCUGACUGUGGGAAGAGAUUCAGUAGGCGCUCAGAUCUUGUUACACAUAAGAGAGUCCACACAAGAGAGAAACCCUUUUAUUGCUCUGACUGUGGGAAAAACUUUAGUAGACGCUCACAUCUUUCUAGACAUCAGAGAACCCACACAGCAGAGCCAUGUUUCACUUCUGACAGUGGGAAAAACUUCAGUGAGGGAUCAGACCUUGUUAAACACAGGAGAAUCUACACACGGGAGAAACCUUUCAUCUGCUCUGACUGUGGGAAAAGCUUCAGUUGGAAAUCACAUCUUAAUAUACAUAGGAGAAUGCACACAGGAGAAAAACCCUUCAGCUGCUCUGACUGCAGGAAAAGCUUCAGUGGGCAUUCAGAUCUUAUUAAUCAUGUGAGAAUUCACACAGGAGAGAGACCUUUCAACUGCUCUGACUGUGGGAAGAGCUUCAGUAGGCGUUCAAUUCUUGUUACACAUAGGAGAAUCCAUUCAGGGGUAAAACCCUUUGAUUGCUCUGAGUGUGGGAAAAGCUUCAGGGAGAGGUGAAGCCUUAUUAAACAUUGGAGAAUUCACAUGGGAAAAACCCUUUGACUGUGGGAAAACCUUG